AGUUUUAGUAACGUUGAAGUAUUGUAGAUGUCUAGUAACUAGAUCUAGCUAGACACAAGAAUCUAGCUAGGUCUAGAGUCUAGAUUGAGAUCUAGAUAAAUCUGUCUAGAUUCUAGAUCUAUUGUUCUAUCUCUAGACUACAACUAAACUUAAAAAAGACUAAAGAAGCUUCUAGGGACAGAGGAAAUACAUUUUUUCUAAUUUUAUUUGACUUCUUACUUCUUUGUAUUUCAGCGAAACACCCAAAAAAAUGGCUGAAUAUCUUGCAUCCAUUUUUGGAACAGAAAAAGACAAAGUCAAUUGCUCGUUUUAUUUUAAAAUUGGAGCCUGCAGGCAUGGUGACAGGUGUUCCAGGCUACAUAAUAGGCCAACUUUUAGCCAGACUAUUUUGCUCCAAAAUCUGUACCUGAACCCUCAGAAUGCUGCUCUAACUGCCGAUGGCUCACAUAUUAUGGUAGAUGAUGUGAUGGCUCAACAAGAGUAUGAUGCUUUUUUUGAAGAAGUUUUCUCUGAGUUGGAAGAUAAAUAUGGUGAGAUAGAAGAGAUGAAUGUCUGUGACAAUCUUGGGGAUCAUUUAGUUGGAAACGUUUAUGUCAAGUUUCGUAGAGAAGAAGAUGCUGAAAGGGCUGUGGCAGAGCUCAACAAUCGCUGGUUCAAUGGGCGCCCGAUCCACUGUGAGCUGUCACCAGUUACAGACUUCAGGGAGGCUUGUUGCAGACAAUAUGAAAUGGGAGAAUGCACAAGAGGAGGUUUUUGUAAUUUUAUGCACUUAAAACCUAUAUCUCGUGAGUUGAGGAGAGAGCUGUAUGGACGAGGACGUCGUAGAAGCAGCAAAAGAUCAAGAUCUAGAUCACCACCUACAAGCAAUAACAGACGAAAAUCAAGGUCAAGGAGCAGAGAUCGUCGUGACAGGCGACGAUCCCGAUCUCGAGACAGACAUGGCAGAUAUUAGAUUUUUGUUACAUUGUAUUAUAUUUUGUCCUGGAUGAUGUUAUUAUAUUUUGUCCUCUAUGGUUUUAUUUUAUUUUCCUUUCUAAAUCUUCUCCAAUGUUUUGUACAGUACAAAUCUGUUACUACAGAUGUCUCUUUUGUUGUUUGAUGGUUUUAACAUUGAAGAUUAGCAAGAAGUGGUUUACAUUUGUUUACUAAAGUGGUUUCAUAUUUAGUUGAAUCAUUCUUUACAUUUAUGCAUUUGCUGUAUUAUUUAUUUCCAUUAGUACUGACCUCAUGGAAAUAUUUGUGAUUAAAGUGUUUGCAGAACAUUUUAAA